AUGGACCCCACGCACAGAGACAUCUGCAUCGUCGGAGGAGGCAUCAUCGGCGUCUGCACGGCCUACUUCAUCGUGAACGACCCGGCCCACGACCCCACGCGGACGACAGUCACUCUCAUCGAGGAACAUGAGAUCGCCGGCGCGGCCUCGGGCAAAGCGGGAGGGUUUCUCGCGUUGGAUUGGCACGGGCCCGCGACGCAGUCGCUCGCGGCGCUGAGCUACCGGCUUCACCGCGAGCUGGCGGCGGAGUUCGACGGCGAGUCUGCGUGGGGGUAUCGUGCAAUGGACAGCGUAUCUAUUAGUGUCACGGCAAAGGCCAAAGGGGACAUAUUGGGGACGAAGGAACCAGAACCCAACACGGCGGUGGUGAUAUCUGCGUUGAGGGAGCUACCGGGACCUAGGGAGGGCGUGGUAGAUAUGCGUUGGCUGAAUCCGGAGGCUCGGAGGAAUGUCUGCGGAACGAAGGAAACCACGGCGCAGGUGCACCCGCGGUUGUUCACGAAGGCAUUGUUUUCCCGUGCUGAACAGAAGGGCAUGCGGUUUAUUCACGGGCACCCAGAGAGGCUUCAUCGCAACUCCGACUCCCGGCCUACGUCCCUGGAUGUCACAAGCGCCGGUUGCUCAACACCAACAACCAUCCCGUGCAGCGACCUCGUCCUGACCGCCGGGCCUUGGAGCGCACAGGUUGCAGAGACGCUAGGUGUCACCCCGGUACCACACAUCAACAACCUUCCCGGCCAUUCCAUCCUCAUCCGACCUCGAAUUCCGAUCAGCCCGCUCGCCGUCUUCGCUGGUAUACGCAAUGCUAACACGGGUGCCUCCCGCAGCGCCAAUGGCGGCGAGAUCACGGAAAGCCCAGAGCUGUUCCCGCGUCCGGACGGAAGCGUGUACGUCGCGGGCGAAAACCACGCGCGGCAAAUGCCGGCCAGUGCCAACGAGGUUGAGUGGCUGGUGGACGAGGAGAUGAUUCAGAGACUGGUCAGGGCAAGCGCACAGAUUAGCGAUGCUUUGGCCGAGGGCGACGUCGAAGUCAAGCAGCUCUGCUACCGGCCCAGGACUCCCGACGGGAGGCCCUCAAUCGGGAAACUCAACGAGCAUGUAUGGAUGGCAGCAGGCCAUGGUCCGUGGGGGAUUACCCUUGGCCCCGGCACAGGCAAGGUGAUGGCUGAGCUGCUGCUCUACGGGCAAGCACAAAGCGCUCGUAUAGGCGAACUUGACCCCCUGCGGUCCUUCGCUCAAGACAGGAGGGCACGAUGAUCGUGGCUUCUCUACAACGAAGGAAGUUACUCAUGCAGGACGUUAUCCUGGAGAGACAGGAUUUCCGCUUUCCAGGAUGAAGGCUCGGGAUGCCAUGCUCUGCCUGAAGCCUACCACACGUGAGAUUCUCCGAGGCAGAAUGAUUAGC